AUGCGCUUUGCGUUGUUAUCCGUUCUGUGUCUCGGCACGAGGGUGCUCGCUCAGUCCAGUGUCGUUGACCAAUAUGUCGCAACAGAGUCCCCCAUUGCGAAGGCGGGCUUACUUGCCAACAUAGGGCCAUCGGGCUCGAAGUCGUCUGGAGCAAAGGCGGGCAUCGUGAUUGCCAGUCCAAGCACAAGUGAUCCAGAUUAUCUCUUCACCUGGACGCGUGAUUCUUCGCUCGUUUUCAAAACUGUUAUCGACCAGUUUACCAGGGGCGAAGACAACACCCUUCGGACUACCAUUGAUGAUUUCUUGGCUGCACAAGCUACACUACAGCAGGUCUCCAAUCCUAGUGGAACGGUUUCUACAGGUGGCCUAGGCGAACCCAAAUUCAACAUCGACAUGACCGCUUUCACUGGUUCAUGGGGAAGGCCCCAACGGGAUGGACCUGCUCUCCGCGCAACGGCCUUGAUCACGUACGCGAACUGGCUCAUCGAAAAUUCCAACGCAUCCUUUGUGGCCUCCAACAUUUGGCCUGUCGUCAAGCUUGAUCUCGACUACACAGCGAGGUUAUGGAAUCAGUCUACAUACGACCUUUGGGAAGAGGUCUCCUCAAGCUCUUUUUUUACUACUGCUGCCCAACAUCGAGCUCUUCGCGAAGGAGCAGCUCUCGCGUCAAAAAUUGGACAGACCUCCGUUGUCUCAGAAUAUCUGGACCAGGCAAAUAACACUCUUUGCUUCCUUCAGUCGUAUUGGAACCCUUCCGCUGGCUUUAUUACUUCCAACACCGGGGGAGGAAGAUCAGGCAAGGACGCAAACUCGGCUUUGGCCUCCAUCCACACUUUUGAUCCGGCUGCCGGAUGCGAUGCGGCAACUUUCCAGCCUUGCUCAGACAAGGCUCUUUCCAGCUUGAAGGUUUAUAUCGACUCAUUCCGCACUAUCUACGGCAUCAACAGUGGUAUUGCGGCCAAUGCAGCCGUCGCCACAGGCCGCUAUGCAGAAGAUGUUUACUUCAAUGGAAAUCCCUGGUACUUGACCACAGCCGCUGUCGCUGAGCAGCUCUAUGAUGCCCUCAUCGUCUGGAAUCAACAAGGUUCUUUGACGGUUACAAGCACCUCCCUCGCCUUCUUCCGCCAAUUCUCGUCAUCAAUCGAGGCUGGGACCUAUGCUUCGUCAACGCCCACUUUCACUACCCUGACCACCGCAAUCAAAACCUUUGCAGACGGGUUCAUUGCUAUCAACGCAAAGUACACACCAUCCAACGGUGCUCUGGCGGAACAAUUUGACGGAAACACUGGCGCUCCGUUGAGUGCUGUUGACCUGACCUGGAGCUAUGCUUCAGCUUUGACGGCCUUUGCGGCUCGCGAUGGGGUUGUCCCUGCCAGCUGGGGUGCCAGUGGCCUUAUUGUACCAACUGUUUGCAAUAGCAACACAGGUCCGACAGUUGAAGUAACUUUCAACGUCUUCGCUACCACACAGUUUGGAGAAAAUAUUUUCCUCACAGGUUCCCUAGAUGCCCUGAAAGGCUGGUCUCCGGACAAUGCACUCGCCCUGUCUGCUGCCAAUUACCCAACGUGGAGCAUUACGGUGACUCUUCCAGCAAGCACGAUUUUCGAGUACAAGUACAUUCGCAAGUUUAACGGUGCCGUUACCUGGGAGUCAGAUCCAAACAAUUCCAACACCACACCUGCGAUUGGCUCUUUUACGAUCAAUGACACCUGGAGGUGA